AUGUCACCAUUUACAAGCGAUUUGAACGGCAGCAGCAACAACAUGAACAUGAUGAGCUAUGCGGACAGCAUGCCACUGAUGGCACGCGGCAAUGCCAGCGACAAUGCCAACCGCAACAAUAGCAACAUGAACAACAAUAGCAACAACAACGAAAGCGACAACAGCAGCGGAUGUGACAAUAUGUCGUUGCUGAGUCGCUGCCGUCGCAACAUCAGCAUGGGCGCUAGCAAUUUGAUGAGCUACCAGAAUAUGCUCGUUAUGCUAACGGUAUUGGUGUGCGGCCUUGCCACUGUUAACGGGCUCAAGUGCCACAUGUGCGGCCAGUAUAACGAGGGCGUCGGCUCGAUUACGCCCUGUCUCAACUAUUCGGAUCAAUAUGCACAUCUCUACUUGAAGGAAUGUUCGAAGAAAAGCGAGAAAUACUGUGUGAUUGCCGACUAA